AUGGAGCUGCCAACAAUGUCCGCUUCUGAUUUCGCAGAUCUCUACUCUGUCAUUCCGUACAAUGUCACCCAGGAUGAUUUCCUGGCACUUUUCCCCAACAGGAGUGUCGGCGCACAGAAUACGAGAAGCACUUCGGGUAUCAUUAUUGCCAUAUGCAUAACUGCUCUUUAUUCUGUCAUCUGCGUCGUGGGACUCCUCGGAAACAUACUGGUUAUGUACGGAGUGGUGAGAUACACCAAGAUGAAGACCGCAACCAACAUCUACAUCUUUAACCUGGCAUUAGCCGACGCGCUAGCCACCAGCACGCUGCCCUUUCAGAGUGCCAAGUAUCUGAUGAACACGUGGCCUUUUGGAGAGCUGCUCUGCAAGCUGGUGAUCGCCAUCGACUACUACAACAUGUUCACCAGCAUCUUCACCCUCACCAUGAUGAGCGUGGACCGCUACAUCGCCGUAUGCCACCCGGUGAAGGCGCUGGACUUCCGCACCCCCACCAACGCCAAGAUCAUCAACGUCUGCGUGUGGAUCCUCUCCUCCGCUGUUGGGGUGCCCAUCAUGAUCAUGGCCGUGACUGUUCCAGUGAGCGACAAAGGAGUCACCAUCUGCACGCUGAGGUUCCCUCAGCCCGACUGGUACUGGGACACGGUCACCAAGAUCUGCGUGUUCAUCUUCGCCUUCGUGGUGCCUGUGCUGGUCAUCACCGUGUGCUACGGCCUGAUGAUCCUGCGGCUGAAGAGCGUGCGCCUGCUCUCGGGCUCCAAGGAGAAGGACCGCAACAUGCGGCGCAUCACGCGCAUGGUCUUGGUGGUGGUGGCGGCCUUCAUUGUCUGCUGGACGCCCAUCCACAUCUUCAUCAUCGUCAAGACGCUGGUGGAGGUGGACAAGGGCAACCCGCUGGUGGUGGCCAGCUGGCACCUGUGCAUCGCGUUGGGCUACACCAACAGCAGCCUCAACCCCGUGCUCUACGCCUUCCUGGACGAGAACUUCAAGCGCUGCUUCCGCGACUUCUGCCUGCCAUUCCGGGCGCGCGCGGCGGGCCAGGGCAGCUUCUCGCGGGCGCGCAACACCACCCGCGAGCCCGUGUCCGUGUGCGGCGGCGCCGGCACCACCGAGUCCGUCAAGAGGCCGGCGUGA